GCGAGGCCAGCAGAGCGCUGUGACAGCCACACACCCCAAGGCCUCCAAGAUGAGCUACACGUUGGACUCGCUGGGCAACCCGUCCGCCUACCGGCGGGUAACCGACACCCGCUCCAGCUUCAGCCGAGUCAGCGGCUCCCCGUCCAGCGGCUUCCGCUCGCAGUCUUGGUCCCGGGGCUCGCCCAGCACCGUGUCCUCCUCCUACAAGCGCAGCGCGCUCGCCCCGCGCCUCACCUACAGCUCGGCUAUGCUCAGCUCCGCGGAGAGCAGCCUCGACUUCAGCCAGUCCUCGUCCCUGCUCAACGGCGGUUCCGGGGGCGACUACAAGCUGUCCCGCUCCAACGAGAAGGAGCAACUGCAGGGGCUGAACGACCGCUUCGCCGGCUACAUCGAGAAAGUGCACUACUUGGAGCAGCAGAACAAGGAGAUCGAGGCAGAGAUCCAGGCACUGCGGCAGAAACAGGCCUCGCACGCCCAGCUGGGCGACGCGUACGACCAGGAGAUCCGCGAGCUGCGCGCCACACUCGAGAUGGUGAACCACGAGAAGGCUCAGGUACAGCUGGAUUCUGACCACCUAGAGGAAGACAUCCACCGGCUCAAAGAGCGCUUCGAGGAGGAGGCACGGCUGCGCGACGACACCGAGGCGGCCAUCCGCGCGCUGCGCAAAGACAUCGAGGAGUCGUCGAUGGUCAAGGUAGAGCUGGACAAGAAGGUGCAGUCUCUGCAGGAUGAGGUGGCCUUCCUGCGGAGCAAUCAUGAAGAAGAGGUGGCAGACCUGCUGGCCCAGAUCCAGGCGUCGCACAUCACCGUGGAGCGCAAAGACUACCUGAAGACAGACAUCUCGACAGCGCUGAAGGAGAUCCGCUCUCAGCUCGAGUGCCACUCUGAUCAGAACAUGCACCAGGCCGAAGAGUGGUUUAAAUGUCGCUACGCCAAGCUCACCGAGGCGGCCGAGCAGAACAAGGAGGCCAUCCGCUCCGCCAAGGAAGAGAUCGCCGAGUACCGGCGCCAGCUGCAGUCCAAGAGCAUCGAGCUGGAGUCUGUGCGCGGCACCAAGGAGUCCCUGGAGCGGCAGCUCAGCGAUAUAGAGGAGCGCCACAAUCACGACCUCAGCAGCUACCAGGAUACCAUCCAGCAGCUGGAAAAUGAGCUUCGGGGAACAAAGUGGGAAAUGGCUCGUCAUUUGCGGGAAUACCAGGAUCUCCUCAACGUCAAGAUGGCCCUGGAUAUCGAGAUCGCUGCGUACAGAAAACUCCUGGAGGGAGAAGAGACCAGAUUCAGCACGUUUGCCGGCAGCAUCACUGGGCCUCUGUACACGCACCGGCAGCCCUCAGUCACAAUAUCCAGUAAGAUUCAGAAAACCAAAGUGGAGGCUCCCAAGCUGAAGGUCCAGCACAAGUUCGUGGAGGAGAUCAUCGAGGAAACCAAAGUGGAGGAUGAGAAGUCGGAGAUGGAAGACGCCCUGGCGGCCAUCGCGGAGGAACUGGCAGUUUCCGCCAAGGAAGAGGAGAAGGAAGAAGAGACGGAAGAAAAGGAAGAGGAACAGGAAGCCGAAGAAGAAGCCGCACUUGCCAAAAAGUCUCCCGUGAAGGCUGCAGCCCCUGAAAUCAAAGGAGAGGAAGAGGGGGAGAAGGAGGAAGAGGAAGGCCAGGAGGAGGAAGAGGAGGAGGAGGAGGAGGGUGCCAAGUCCGACCAAGCUGAAGAGGGAGGGUCUGAGAAGGAAGGCUCCAGCGAAAAAGACGAAGGUGAGCAGGAGGAGGAGGGGGAGACGGAGGCAGAAGCUGAAGGGGAGGAAGCGGAGGCCAAGGAGGAAAAGGCUGAAGAAGCGGGUGCCAAGGAGGAGCUGGGAAAGCCAGAGAAGGCCAAGUCCCCGGCGCCCAAGUCUCCAGUGGAAGAGGCGAAGCCAAAGGCUGAAGCCCAAGUGGGGAAAGAGGAAGACCAGAAAAAGCUGGCCAAGGAGGCCCCCAAGGAGGAGAAGGUAGAGAAGAAGGAGGAGAAGCCAAAAGACGUGCCAGAGAAGAAGAAGGCCGAGUCCCCAGGGAAGGAGAAGGCCGAGUCCCCAGGGAAGGAGAAGGCCGAGUCCCCAACCAAGGAGAAGGCCGAGUCCCCAGGGAAGGAGAAGGCCCCAGAGGAGGUGGUCAGCAAAACCCCAAAGGUGAGCUUGGAGAAAGAUGCCAAAGAAGAGAAGCCUCAGCAGGAGAAGGAGAAGGAGAAGGUGGAAGAGGAGGGAGGGAGGGAGGGGGAAGGGAGUGACCAGGGUGCAAAGGAAUCCAGGAAGGAAGACAUAGCGGUCAACGGGGAGGUGGAAGGGAAAGAGGAAGAGCAGGAAACCAAGGAGAAGGGCAGUGGGAGGGAAGAGGAGAAAGGCGUGGUCACUAACGGGCUAGACGUGAGCCCCACGGAUGAGAAGAAGGGGGACGACAGAAGUGAGGAGAAGGUGGUGGUGACCAAGAAGGUAGAAAAGAUCACCAGUGAGGGGGGCGAUGGUGCUACCAAAUACAUCACUAAAUCCGUCACCGUCACUCAAAAGGUCGAAGAGCAUGAGGAGACCUUUGAGGAGAAACUAGUGUCAACUAAAAAGGUAGAAAAAGUCACUUCACACGCCAUAGUCAAGGAAGUCACCCAGAGUGACUAAGGUCUGAGUCCAUUGCAAAAAGGUUAAGCCAUAUGACAAUUUCAAAAUGCAUGUGAUUGACAGCUUCCAAACAGAACGGGUUCUCCCAUGGGGGCUCCAGACAUUGUAUUUUACUUUGUGCAAUAUGAGGGAACUGCAUGCAAGCUCAGGGUGCUCCCUCCUCAGUCUUUGGGGGAUUCAAAUGCAUGAUAUUGUAUGUACCUGGGGAAUUUGCCAAUUUCCCAAGCUGUUGGAAGGGGGGCGCUCAGGGGGGGGAUGUCUUGAGAUGUAUUAUGCAAAGUACCAACUGAGCCAAAAAUAACAAAUGAAACACAGAACUCUCUUAGCCUUAAGAAAGCUAUAUAUGAAUAAUUAUGUUUACCUCACUGGUGCAUUUAAAAUGGACUUUUGUUCAUGGGAGAACCUCGCUGACAUGCACAGUUUGCAACCUUAUGUUGAUCGAUGUUAAACGUCACAGCAGUACUUGCUCAAUAAAGGUCAUAUUGGAAACAAG